AUGUCUCAAGUCUACGUCAACGAGAAGUCUGGUGUUGACGGUGCCGAUGUAGCAGGUACCGAAAGCCAACCAUUUCAAAGCCCUGCAUAUGCCUUAUAUGUGCAACCGGAAGCUAAGGUGAUGAUUUACAAACAAUUAGAAGAAUCCGAAGAAUAUGGAUAUUCUGAAAUAUCAGCAUCUGCUUUAAAGAAGGCCAAAAAGGGAGCUGAAGGAUUGAAGAAAAAACAAGAAAAACAAAUCAAAUUACAAGAAGAACAAAAGAAGAAAGAAGAAGAAAAUGCUAAAAAAUUAGCCGAGUUAGAUUUGAUUAAAAUUGAAGAAGAUAAAUCAUUACCACAAGCUAAAAAGAUUAAAUUGAGAUCAGUUCAAGAUAACUUACAAACCAGAGUUGUAGUUCAAGGAUGGGUUCAUCGUUUUAGAUCACAAAAAGGUUUAGCUUUUAUCACUUUAAGAGACGGUAGUGGAUUUUUACAAGCUGUUUUAACUGGAGAUUUAGCAAAAGCUAGAAUUACUCAAGAAUUAACUUUAGAAUCCACUGUUCUUAUAAAAGGGGUUAUUAAUAAAUUACCGGAAGGUAAAUCUGCUCCAGGUGGCGUUGAAUUAGUUGCUGAUUAUUAUGAAGUUAUUGGUUUAGCUCCAAGUGGUGAAGAAGCUUUUACUAAUAAAGUUCAAGAAAAUGCUGAUCCUUCUUUAUUAUUAGAUCAACGUCAUUUAACUUUAAGAGGUGAAACCUUAUCUGCUGUUUUCAAAGUUAGAGCUGCUUUAAUGUCUUCAAUUAGAAAAUUUUUCGCUGAUGAAGGUCUUACCGAAGUUACUCCUCCAUGUAUGGUUCAAACUCAAGUUGAAGGUGGUUCUACUUUAUUCAAAUUAGAUUAUUACGGUCAAGAAGCAUUUUUAACUCAAUCUUCCCAAUUAUACUUGGAAACUUGUUUACCAGCUUUAGGUGACGUUUAUUGCGUUCAAGAAUCUUUCCGUGCUGAAAAAUCUCAUACCAGAAGACAUUUAUCUGAAUUUACUCAUAUUGAAUCAGAAUUAGCUUUUAUAACAUUUGAUGAUUUAUUAAACCAUUUAGAACGUCUUUAUACUUAUGUUAUUAAACAAGUGGUUGAAGAUCCAGUUGCUGGUCCUUUAAUUAAACAAUUAAACCCAAACUUCGUUGUUCCUGAAAUGCCUUUCUUAAGAAUGCAAUACAUUCAUGCUUUAGAUUGGUUAAACGAACAUGGUAUUCCAAAUGAAGAUGGUGAAGCUUUUAAAUUCGGUGAUGAUAUCGCUGAAGCUGCUGAACGUAAAAUGACUGAUAUUAUUGGUAAACCAAUUUUAUUAACUCGUUUCCCAGUUGAAAUUAAAGCUUUCUACAUGAAAAAAUGUGCUGAUGAUCCAAGAGUUACUGAAUCAGUUGAUGUUUUAAUGCCAAACGUUGGUGAAAUUACCGGUGGUUCUAUGAGAAUUGAUAAUCACGAUGAAUUGGUUGCUGCCAUUAAAAAGGAAGGUCUUGAUUUGAAAGAUUAUUAUUGGUUAGCUGACCAAUCUAAAUACGGUAGCUCUCCUCAUGGGGGUUACGGUUUGGGUACUGAAAGAAUCUUAGCCUGGUUAUGUGAUAGAUUUACUGUUAGAGAUUGUUCCUUAUACCCAAGGUUCACCGGUAGAUGUAAACCUUAG